CCUAACAUGACGAUGUUGAGUACUAUUUAUUUAUUGAUUUUGGGUGUUGGUAAAUCUAACUCAGGUACACUUCCUUCACCAGCUUCUAUUGCAAACGCAACACCAGAACAAAGAGAAGAAUUUUUUGGGGAGACCAGACGAAUCAUGAAAGGACAUGAGGUUUUUGACACCAGACCAUACAUGGUAUGGUUGCGGCCAACGAAAUCCCACACCAACAUGGUGGACAAAAAUUGGGUAUGUAUUGGUGUUAUCAUUCAUGAAAAUUUCGUACUCACUUCCGCAGCGUGCAUCGAAGACGUCAAGUACUUUUACGUGGUCUCCGGGACCCACAGGUGGUUACCAGAGUCACAGACAAAUCAGUGUAUCCAAAACGGCGCCUUACGAGCCGUUUCGAAAUGUGUCCAUAGAACAUAUCGUUUCGAUGGAAACGUGUUUAACAACAUACGUUGGAUGGUGAACGACAUAGCAGUUGUCAGGACCGAGGGCGCAAUUUCCUUCAGCAGACGAGUAAAAGGCUGCGAUUUCAUUCCAAAGAAGAUCAUAUACAAUAACAUAUCUCUAGACUACGAGAAAGCCGGAACCGAGGCAUACAUUGCUGGAUGGGGUUCUAAUGAUAAAUUUACUGAAGCUGUAGACAUGAUGACCCGAACCAACGUUAACUCCCCCCUGCUGAUGGAAGCUGAGACCAUCAUAAUCAAGAAAGAUAGCUGCAAGCAUCGCUGGUUGUCGCGCUACCACUCUAUCAUAGACAAUUACAUGAUCUGCGGAAAGGUGGCCGGAGACAACGAAAUGACCGAACCUUGUGCUCAUAAUCAAGUAGAGUGCAGAGAGCUGGUGUUCUCAGAGGAGGACGGACCUCGAGUAAGGAGGUUCGAGGGGAAUCCCGACAAGCUCCUUCUACACUCCGCAACGGAAGUCAAGAAGAGGGAGAAGACCAGAAAAAAGACGAGACGAACGAGCAUGAACAGGCGAUAUGGAGGGUUUUGCGAGAAUGACCACGGUGGCCCGUUAGUGGUCGGGCAUGGAUCAGCUACCAUAGUAAUUGGCGUCAUUUCUUCGUACAUGGUUAGAAAUGACUCAAAACACUGCUACGGACCGUUCCUUUAUACCAGUGUUUACAAUAACAGACAUCUCAUUCAUUGUGCCAUCUACAAAACAGAAGGAAACGAGUGUACGAAUGUGUUAAGAGAUCAAUCUAGCGUGCUAGAAGAGGAAACGUAUAAUUGGGGGAACAUUAAACUCAGGUCUAGAACGAUAUACGAAGACGAAGACGAACCAGUGCUUCGCAGUAGCAACGAUACCAAGGAUCCGUUAGCCGAGGGCAUGACACUCGGAAAUACAGAAACCUCGCCGAGCGACACAAAAAUAACAUAACUAAAAUCGUGUCUAUAAAUUUACAGCAUU